AUCCUUUAAAGAUAGGUAAUGACAAUGUUUAUACUUGAGUUGGCAGAGACAUAAGAAGGAAAAGCAGGGCAGAGACGGUACCAGCAGAUAGUAGGUCUCCCUCACAAUUUGACAGAAAAUCUUACAACUGAAUCCACCCUACCCCACCCAAUUUCAACCACCGUUGGAGCCGACAAAAAACACAACAAGAAGAAAGCCAACAAACAACAGGUAAGAAGUCUCGGACACCCAUAAACAUGAAACGAAACCAUAAUUCCCACAACCACCACCACUCCUUCCGACCACGCAAAUGGAUGACGAUGAUCAUCGCCAUUGUAACAAUAUGCAUUAUCCUCCUGCUUCUUACCCUCACCAAACCUUCUUCUUCUUCUUCAUCACCAUCUUCUUCCUCUUCUGCAACAUGGUCUUCUUCUUCUUCUUCUUCGUUCAAUUUAACGGAAGAAGUAGGAGUGGGUCUUCCGAGAUUGGCGUACAUGUUGACGGGCACUAAGGGGGAGGAAGCGCAGCUGAAGAGGGUUCUUCAGGCUGUGUAUCAUCCCAGGAACUUCUACCUGCUUCAUCUCGAUCUAGAAGCUUCUGAUGAGGAAAGGCUCGAGCUUGCCAAGUACGUCAAGUUUGAGACUGUGUUUGCGGCGUUUGGGAACGUCAUGGUCGUGGGUAAGUCUGAUUUGGUCACCUACAAGGGCCCCACUAUGGUUGCUUCCACUCUUCACGGCAUUGCUCUGUUGCUCAAGAGGAUUCCCCACUGGGACUGGUUUCUCAAUCUCAGUGCCUCUGAUUAUCCUCUCAUCUCCCAAGAUGAUCUCUUGCACAUCUUUUCAUUCUUGCCCAGGGAUCUAAAUUUCAUUGAGCAUACAAGUAAUAUUGGUUGGAAGGAACAUCAAAGAGCUAGACCAAUCAUUAUAGAUCCAGGCUUAUAUCAUUUGAAGAAAUCUGGUGUUUACUGGGCUAAAGAGAAGAGAUCUGUUCCUUCAUCAUUCAAAUUAUUCACAGGUUCUUCAUGGAUUGUGCUGACAAAGUCGUUUCUGGAGUUUUGUGUUUUGGGCUGGGAUAAUCUUCCUCGCACUCUCCUAAUGUAUUACACGAAUUUUCUUUCAUCCCCUGAGGGCUACUUCCAUACGGUCAUUUGCAAUCAUAAGGACUAUCAAAACACGACCAUUAAUCAUGAUUUACGUUAUAUAAGGUGGGACAAUCCGCCAAAACAGCAUCCAUUGUCCUUGAAGUUGGAGCAUUUUGAUGACAUGGUACGUAGUGGUAUUCCUUUUGCUCGGAAGUUUGCCAAGGAUGAUCCAGUUCUUGACAAAAUUGACAAGGAACUGCUGAGAAGAUCAAAGGGUCACUUUACACCCGGAGGCUGGUGUUUUGGCAGUCCUCUUUUAGGAAAAGACCCUUGCACAGUUUAUGGAAAUCCAAUUGUAGUUAAACCUACUUUGCGAUCGAAGAAGCUAGAAAAACUAAUGGUGAAACUGUUAGAUUCUGAAAAUUUUAGGCCGAAACAGUGUAAAUAGUCGUCACUGCAACUUGAAAUCUCUAUUCACGAUUCUAUUGGCGUUUUUAUUGCAUCUGUUCAAAUUUAACACUGAAUUGCUGUGAAGCGUGCUUCUUUCUUGUGGUAUAUGAACCUAAACUAGGUCUUGUCAAUUCAUGCCGUAAAUGAACCUUUGGUUUCAAGAGAAACUUUUGGUAUUGCCAAUUCAAAAAUCACA